AUGGAGCAGACCACACUGUACAAAGGGGACGGGGAGGAGGAGGAGGAGGAGGAGGAGGGGCCUGGCGGUGGAGGGGCUAGCGCGGAGGCGGGGGUGGUAGACGUGGACAUGAGCGACGGGCAAUAGACGACAUGAGAGAUGAAACACGAAAGAGUAGGCUUCGGAGGCGUAUGGUAUGAAAUAGUACUCUUUUUCUCAAUGAUGACUAGUGAUAAACCGGUGCAUUACUGCGACUAGACACAGAGUUAUUUACUUCCAAAGAACACAGAUAAAUGGACGAGCCCCGAUCCAUCUUGCGCAACAAGCAUAGGAUGCACGAGAGGGUGUAAAAAGGGUACCUGUACGGGCUAG